GCGACAAAACAGCCUGUGCCUAUACCGAGUUUCCAAAACAUCUUUCCCUGUGGUAUAUGGUACGGUAUUGGCAACCAAACUGUGCCAGUAUUCAUUACUGCUCUUGGCUUUAAAGACUGCAAUGACAGCUGUAGUACUAGCAGGUGUUACAGCCAAAUUUUAGUUGACUGAACAAGUGUACAUGUUGGUGUUCACUAGUGUCUGCUCUAGGCACGUUCCAACUAUGUAACUGCCUUUUAAGCAAAGCCUUGCUUAGAGCAGAUAUCUUAAUUGUCCUGAAUGGAAGGUGUGUCUUUUUAAUUGUUGGUUGCUGGCCUGUUUUAUAAUCAUUCUGUUGUGAUGGCAGGGGGAGUAGUUCUUAUCUUGGCUUUAUGUUAAGAAAGCUGGAAAAACAAGUCCUGCUUCAGCUUUAAUUUAUGAAAGAUUGUUCUAAGCACAAUCCACACCUGUUCUUCUACUGUGCAGAUUCAUUGUGAAACAUAUGAGAAUGAGUCAGUAAGAAAUUAGUAGUAAACCACAUACAAUAAGCAUUCAGUGUUAUCUAAGGAAAAUGCAAUAUUCUACUGCAUGCUUCUGAGUGAGCUGAUCAGUGAGAGCUUAGGCCUUCACAAGUCUGUGGUUUGUGAAACUGCAUUUUGUCUUUUCUGAUAUCACUGUUUGUUAUGAUUAAUUCAAGGCCAUGUCAGAACUAAGAAACCCCUUGGCAGAAUGAGGGUGGUACCAUUUCAAACUCUGAUCUAAGUGAAUUGUAAAACUACCACAGCAACGUUUCAAUGCCAUCUUCUUUUUCUCUGUACCUGAAGAAAAUACCUUGCUCAUCCAAUGCUCCAGCAAUGCUUCAAGAUGGAGAGAUACUGACAAUACAACAGAGAUAGUAGAUAUACAACUGUAGACCUCUGUCAUUCCUGGGCAUGGAGGUGCCAUAUGUCCUUCUCUUAACUAAACUUGUAGCAGAAGUUGCCAGCAAAUCUACUGAAAGUUCGGUUUCAGAGAAAGAAUGUUGUGUGGAUAUGUGGGAUACAAACAGUUCCUGUCCAGUAACCAACCAGUGCAGUCCAGGUUGUUACAGGCGAUGGAAUGAGGAUGGCAGUAGUAGCUGCAUUAAAUGCAAAAAUGAAACCCUUGCUGUUGCAUCUGUUUACAAUCUGACUGAUUGCAGAAAUACUGGUAUCAGAGGAAUGAAUUUCCAAAUGAAUAUAAGCACUGUAACUCCCUUCAUACAGAACAUAGGGGGCCCAGAAGUGGCAGCCUCUCUUAUUGUGGGAACAUUUUUCAUCAGUUUAUUCCUGAUUCUGUCUGUUGCUUCAUUCUUCUACCUCAAACGUGCCAAUAAACUUCCUAACGUUUUCUACAGAAGAAACAAAGCAUCUGUUCUCCAGCCUAGUGAAACAGCAUCCAUGAUACCUCCGCCUGCUUCUUCAGUUCGGAAGCCGCGAUAUGUCAGACGAGAACGGUCGCUAGUGACAUCUGCAUCUUCUGCUAUGAUCUCUUCUGCAGAAACAAGGGUCAGCAAUGUUUAGCCUUCAUUCUUAACUGAAGACUUUGUAAGUGUACACAGUGUCGAAGAAACUUUUUCUAAAUCCACUGAAGUGCCAGGAAAACAUCGCAAGCAGCUGACCUAAAUGCAAGCCAAAUUACUGCGUCAAGGGGUUUGUGGCAAAUAUUAACAGAGAAAUGAACUAGUGUAAAGAUGCUGACGACAGGCUACAUCCAGUUCUGUGAACUUUGGUGGGCUUGAAAUGCACUAUUCCAGCUCUGUGGUUUCGUUUGUCUCCUACAGAUGCUGUGUUUGAAAUCUGUAAAGUAUCUGCCUUUCUUUGGUAUGCUUUCAGUUUUGGCAAGUUUUUCUUCCUAUGUUGUGAUGUUUUCUCUCUCCAGAGCUGAAUGUCUUGGUGCUGCAGACCAGCACAAAAUAUUGGGAUUACUCAAGGGUGUGGGCUUGUUUGAAUGGCUCGCUUGUAAAUGUUAACACUAAGUGCCACUGCUUUAGUGUUGUAGGAGAACGUAACAAUACUUAAAAUGCAGUAUUCUUUUGACGCAAAAACUGAUGCCUCUUGGGGCAUCUCCUUCAGCCUCUGACAUUGGGUGACCUUCGUUUUUAACUAAAGGCUUUAUUGUUGUUCUCAUUGCUAUUGAAGGCUGUGGUCAGUAUGGGUCUGAUCCAAAGUUUGUGAAUUUACUGGGAAGCUUUUCCAAUGGUUUCAGCUUGGUCCUUGGAUUAAAAAGCCAUUUGCUAUGGCUUUGUAAUUGAUAGGCUGCUAUGCCUGCCAUGCAAAGAUGGUCUCCACUAGCUUAUUUCCCUCAAUAUAGCAGCUGAAGGGAAACCAAACUUCCUGGAGGGUAGCUGUGCAUCCUUUAGACAUGUCAGUGAGUAUUGAGAUGAAUUGGAGAGAAAAGGUGAAUUCCUGCCAAUGCAAUAAAGGAUUUCUUUAGUCAAGCUCUUCAUUAACAUGCCUGACAUCUGCAGACCAGCACCUUGUGGCAGAGCUUUACAAGUAUUGCCUUGUUGACAGUGCCAGUAUAAAUAGCUCCUAGUCUCAGAUGGUUGACCUUGCUCAUCUUAUGCCAACUGUGCAGUGCACUUGAUCAGGAAGUUGAUGUAGCUGUGAUUAAUUUUUUUUUGCCUAGGUUAUCUUUGAACCAAAUUGUUUCCUGGUGUGGUUGACUAUGUUGCCAUGUGAACACCUGUGUCAUCACAAUAAGCACAAUGGGCAUGAGAGUGGGUGAUUGAGAAAUGAGUGAAAAACUUGAGGUUGCUAAAUUGGUUGAAGUGUCACUGUCACCACACAUGAAAUAUUCCUGAGCAGCUUGUGCAUUCCCUCCUGCCUGUGUUGCUGUUGCCUAUUUUGGUUUAGCUCUUACAUUAUGGAUCUAUGCUCCUAAAAUAAAUGACUCUGUGGCUAUUCAUCACCAGUCACUGACAUGAACAUAAUGAUCACAAACUCGAACAGUUGAUUCGCUCUGUCAGAAAAUGUGAACAUAACUGUCUUGAGCUGAUGUGAUGCCCAUAUGGAGAGUACAAAGAUCCAGAUUCUCUUCCCCCUGUGGUUAGAGGCUUGUUAAAAGCUGUAGGAUCAGAAUUGGUAGGGGAGGGGAUAUGUUUAUCCUGUUGAAUAGACCUGCUUUUAUACAAGCUUCAGUGCAAUUAUAAUUACUUACAUCUCUUUCCUCACAAGGAAUGAGAUCUCUUGUAGCAUCCAAACAAGCAAGGGCAAAGACUAGGGAUAAAGGACAAACCAUGAAGAAGCAAGGUCUGCUGACUCAAAAAACCACCUGAAUUGCUAUAUGGAAAAUACUUAAGAUUGCCUUUCUAUGGCAAUGGUAAAAGAAUUUUUUGUUCUAGUGGACCAAACUAAGCACAGCAGACAACUCCAUUUGAGAUGUUUCACAUUUUAAUAUGAAAUAUGCUUAUAAUUCAUGUUACUUGUUCAGGAGGUGGCAGUUUUGUCUCAGUCAUUUUGAUGUCUUUUUAUGUCUGUACUGCUGAGAUUUUCCACAGGUAGAAAUUUGUUUGGAUGCAAUUGGUUUUUCCUGAACUUAGUUGCUGAAUAUUUUCCUAACCUUUAAGGAGAAGGAGUAACUAUGCAAAUAAUAUAAUGCCAAGAAGCUGCACGUUUUAAAGCAGGGAGUUUGUGCUUGUGAAUCUGUUAGUGAUAGUGAUACAUCUUUGAAUUACAUAGUUGCUAACCUGUUCUUUCUCUCCAUAAAUUGUUGAGGGAGCAUUCAUGCCAUUGUACUGGGACUUAAAAAUAUCCGACACCACUGCUACAUAUAUGUAUCUGUCUGGUCCUCAGGUGCAUAUUGUAACUUAGCUCAGUGUUGUGUCCAAUGUUCUAACUUUUUCUGUGCAGUCAAGUUUUUUCUGAAUGCUAAUAUCUCUCUUCCCCCUCCCCUACUCUUUCCUCCCAGCAAGCUCCUUCAAAUGCAGCAGGUUUUUUUCUGUUUGGGUUUUUGUUUGUUUGUUGGUUGGUUUUGUUGGUUUUUUUUCAUUUCAGGAACUGUUCAGCUUUCAUUAUUGCUCUCUGACACAGUGGACUCCUGGUCUGAAUAGUUUCUGGUUCAUUUGCACUGUCAAUUUAAAUACAUAAUGUGGUGUUUUGGUUCUCACCUCCCUCCAAAAUAAUAGUAAUAUUAAAAAAAAAAAAAAAAAAAGGCUUUAAUGAGCCCCGAGCUUUGAGCUAAAUAAUUCCAGAACAAGGGAUUGAUAUGUAAUGUAUGUGUGUAUUUUUAAAUUAUGCCAAAAUAAACAUAUUUGAGCUUUUUUUAA